UUUAAGUAAACGGUUGAAACGAAGAACGUCUCAACCCCACGGCCAGCGGUUCCAAGAAACAGACGCGGCCACGUUUUGACCAGCCUCACGCUGACCGUGUAGACCGUGUUUUAAAUAGAAAUAUUGACAACCAACCAUUUUUUUCCCCCCUAACUCCUUGUCGUUACAGGCGGCGAUAAGAAGCGUUAACCGGAGGCGGGGCUCCAACGGCCGAGCUGGCAUCGAUGAUUCACCGUGCAGUGACGGCAGAGGAGCGGCGGUGGCCGAGCGGGGCACAUCGUGAUGGGAGACAACAUGCUGUGGCUGUGGCUGUGGCUGACGUGGGUUUGUUUCGUGCAGAGCUCGGGAAAGCUGUCUCAUGUGGAGCGGUACGAGGUGGUCAGACCUCGGAGACUGCAGGAGAGGCAGAAGAGGAGCCUGAGGGACAACCAGCUUUAUCCUGAUGCGGUGCAGUAUGAGUUGGCCAUUGAAGGGAGGAACCACACUAUUUACCUGGAAAAAAACAGCAAUCUCAUUGGGAGAGGCUACACUGAAACACACUAUUCAGAAGAUGGGAAACGCGUGACAACGUCACCAAAUGAGGAGCACUGCUAUUAUCACGGUCACAUUGAAGGCAUGACGGACUCUCUGGUCAGUGUGGGGAUUUGUUCGGGCAUUAGUGGCUUUGUGAGAGCCCGGCAGCAGGUUUACCUGAUCGAGCCUCUGGGACAGGCCGAGGACGGUGACCAUGCAGUUUACCGACGGGAGCAUCUGAAGAUCAGCGGCAGCCCCGGCUGUGGUUCUUCGUCUAACACCACCAUGCUGUACGACCACGACCAGGGCCAGGGCUCUCAGCUCGCUGGGCUCUUCAGGUCCAGAUCAUGGAAAACUAAACCCAUCACAGGUCCAGAGAGGUUUGUCGAGCUCUUUGUGGUGGUUGACAAUACUGAGUAUAAACGAUAUGGAAGUGAGACUAAAUCCCGUAUUCUUGGAGUUGUGAAUCACGUUGACAGGCUGUAUCGACCUCUGAACAUUCGCGUCAUGCUGGUGGGUCUGGAGACUUGGACAUACGGAGACAAAAUCGACGUUGACAUUAAUUCAGAGACGACCCUGGACAAUUUCCUGGUGUGGCGCCAGGCUGAUCUUUUGCAGAGGACGAAGCAUGACAAUGCCCAGUUUGUGACUGGCAAAGAUUUCGACAAAGAUACAGUCGGAUUAGCAAAUAAGUUUGCCAUGUGUAGCGAAAACUCAGGUGGAGUCAAUCAGGAUCACCAUGAUAACCCGAUAGGCCUCGCCUCCACCAUUGCUCAUGAGAUGGGACAUAACUUUGGCUUGUCCCAUGAUGCUGCUGGCUGUGUGUGUGGUUCAUCCUACAGCAGCGGGAACUGCGUAAUGGCAGAAAAGCUCAGGUCAGGAACUCAAGCGUUCCCGGAGUUUUUCAGCAGCUGCAGUGUGGAGCAGCUCGCUGAAUUCAUGGAGCGAGCUCAGCCCGGCUGCUUGGGUAAACCCAGCCACGUUAAGACCAUCGCCAUAGGGCCACGCUGUGGCAACGCCUUGCUGGACCCUGGAGAGGAGUGUGACUGUGGCACUGUCGGGGAAUGUAAGAACCCUUGUUGUGAUGCUUCAACUUGUCGCCUGACUGAAGGAUCCCAGUGUGCUCAUGGACAGUGCUGUGACAACUGUCAGUUCAAACCUGCUGGAAGUGCAUGCAGGAAGUCAGCCAGUGAGUGUGACCUCCCUGAAUACUGCACCGGCGUGUCGGAGGCUUGUCCCGAGGACAGCUUCGAGAUGAACGGCAAACCCUGCUACGACAAGGAACAGGGCUACUGCUACAACGGCCAAUGUCCCACACAUGAGCAGCACUGCUGGAGGCUGUUCGGACAAGGGGCCAUAGUUGGACCAGAUAUAUGUUUUGACCUGAACAAACGUGGCGAGGAAGGUGCUAACUGUGGGCGGAGCAAAUUCGGCUACCUCCCCUGCACUGCACAGAAUUUUAAGUGUGGAUCUAUGUUUUGUGGAGGAGGGGGUGAGUCCAUCACAGGUAAAAGAGCAGCCUACACUGUGUAUGGCAUAGAAUGCAAACUAGCCGUGGAUGACGAUAAGACCAGAAACAUUGACCUGGUGCCUAAAGGAACCAAAUGUGGACCAAAUAAGGUUUGCCUUGACAACAGAUGUGUGGAUAUAUCAGUUUAUGGGAAAAAGGAAGACUGUGCAAAGAAAUGCAACAAUAACGGGGUGUGUAAUCAUAAGAAUGAGUGCCAUUGUAAUCCCAGCUGGGCUCCUCCUCACUGUGACAUCCAGUAUGCAGAUUUACCUCAAGGUCAGACUGGGAUAAUAGCUGGUGUGUGUGCAGCUCUCUCCAUCCUCCUGGUGAUCACUGUAGUGAUUGCAGGGCUGAUGUGCUGCAAAAAGGACAACAUGGACAACUACACCGCCAAAAGGAAAGUGCACUCAGCUCCGGGCAGGUUGAACCCCAUGUUCCGGGAACCGAGUAUCAAAGAAAGACCUCAGAUCAGUCAGCCCACUUUCAUGGAAUCGACAGCAACACAAGCCUGUGCUCCUCUGAUUGUUACUGUGACUCCCAGCAGACCCGCUCCACAGCCAUCGAAGAAAGGGUCUUCAGUGUCGUCUACCUCACAAACUGAGCCGACAAAACCUCAACCUCCAGCUAAACCUUUACCACCUCUGAAUAAACCACAGUAUAAGGCAGCCAAACCAAAUCCUCCUCCUGUACCUCCCAUCAAGCCCAGUCCUCCUCCAGCAGCCAGAAUCCAGUCCUGUACUCCUCCUCUACCCCCAGCGAAGCCACAAGUCCACAGACUCACAUGAAAUUCUCAUUAAAGGUAUCAAGUUUAACCAAAGCAGACGACAUCAGCCUGUGGUUGUACAUACAGAAAGAGAGCGAUCCUCAUUGGGAUCAGAGGGAUGAGUCACGGAGGCCAAAGAGUUUGGAAAAACGAACUCCUGAAAGCCUUUAAAGAUGUCGUGCGUGACCGAGGCUUCACUGACUGAGAAUGUCUCUUUGCACUUUUUUAAGUGUGAGCAUUGAAAAUUUACUUUUUAAAUAUUUAUCUAAUGUUUUUGCAAAAGGAACUGUGUGAGAAUUAUUGGUGGGAGAUUGUAUUGAGUUACUGAACAGAUACUAGCCCAGACCCGACGCCAUGACUCUGAAAAACCUGUUAUUUCAGGUUAAAGUUUCUAUGAUUUAACAAGUUGUAUAUUCAACAUGUGAUAUGUUAUGAGAUCUUAGAGGGGAGGGUGUUGCUUUUUUUUUUUCCCCUCCCCCCUUAGCCAAGGGGUAGGGUCCAUUGAAAAUUUUAAUAAGGCUGAGGCCCUCCCCAACCACUUAAUUUUCACACAGUCCCUAAACUGUGUCCAAAGCCAGUCUGCGCCUUCUUUAAGGCUAAUUUUGUAUCUCUUUGCACUGUACUUGAAAACCUAUGAAUGGUACACACAGUAUGGGAGGCCUCCACAGUUCAGAUGACCUGUGUGUUGCUGUGGUUCAGCUUGAAACAUUUACAUGCUCCUUUGUUUUCAGUCUCAAGUAGGGGGAUGACAGAGCCUCGAGGAGCAAUUACUUCCUUUUUUUUGUGUGCGUUCUUUUUUUUUUACUGCACUGAUAUUUUUCUAGGGCAACAGUCAUGGGGUUUAUAACUUGUAUGUUAAAUUAUGUCAUGAUUGAUCUUAAAAUACAAAAUAUUAGUUGGUAUGAUCAAAAUUGUACUUUUUAAACCUGUCACAUACAAGUGAUUGAAUGUAAAAACUUACCAAAGGCCUUUUGUUGCAACAAAGUGCACUUUAGUACAAACACAUGAUGAGAAGAUCAUGUUGCAUCAGCGGAUUUCACAAUUUAUCAGUGUGAAGCAAAACAUGAGAAAUUCUUGUCGGCUGUAUUUUUCAUUAUGUUCAUUGUGUGAAUUGCAUAAUGAUUAAAACGUACAUUUUUCACUA